AACUUAGGUCUCGAAGUGAGUUGGCUCGUUUUGCGGUAGAUAGUAUCGAAUGGACGUGGAAAGUUUACUGUUAUUAGCAUAAGAUUGAAAACUUUGAUUAGAAUAUGAAUGGAACAACAUACUCACACUUUGACAGUCAAGAACAUGUUUUGAAAUUAGGCGAAACAUUUGAGAAACAACCCAAAGGUGCUUACCACACGGUGCGAUAUGACUUCAAACCAGCCUCCAUUGACACCUCCUGUGAGGGAGAGCUGGAGGUGGGAAAGGGAGAACAAGUUACCAUCACACUGCCCAAUCUGGAGGGAUCCACUGCCCCUGUAACAGUCUUCAAGGGAUCCAAGAGGCCUUAUAUGAAGGAAUGUAUUCUCAUUGUAAACCAUGAUACAGGAGAGUACCGUCUGGAGAAACUCAACAGCAACAUUGCAGUCAAGAAGACCAGGGCUGAAGGCAGCAGCAAGAUCCAGUCUCGUAUAGAGCAGCAGACCAGUCGUCUGAGCCAGCAGAUGAAGACUAGCGUUAGCAGCAGCAGCAAAACCCCAGCAGGCUCCAAGAGCUCUCCUCCCAAAGAGAAGAUGUCCCCUGCCUCCCCCAUGGAUGACAUUGAGAGAGAGCUAAUGGCGGAGGCGAAGGUCAUGGACCAGAUGAGUAGUGGGGACUCGUCCUCAGACUCCCACAGCUCCUCCUCCAGUAGUGGGGACAGCUCCAGCAGUAGUGAUUCUGAGAACGAGUCCCGGCACCCGCCUCCCCCCGGCCCCUCUGGGGGUCCCCUCACAGCGCCACCACCCCACCAGGGCAUGCCCAUCCUCACCACCGUUACCACCACCACCAUCUCCUCACCACCUCGGGGUGGAGGACACCUCAUGAGUACGCUAAAGAAUGACCUGCAGUUAAGUGAGUCUGGCAGUGAAAGUGACGAUGACUGACCAGUGAGAGACCACUGAUUCUGUGGCGUGUCAGAGAGGUCCAUCUGUGGACAGCUGCACUGACCUUCCCCUGGAUGGCUGUCCUUUAGGGUCACAACAGGAGUGGAAUGAGACUAGGGAAUAUGGAAGUGAUCUUCUUAAUGACAAAUAAGACCAAACCCCUACACCUUUUGGAAGCAACACCCCUCACCAGCAUUUCAGUUGAAUGUGUCUUCAUUGUUCUAUCAAUAGUCUCAGUUGUCGAUAUCUGUUAGUGCCUUUUUGAAAGAAAUGGGUUAAUAGCUGUGAUCAAUUCUCUUAUCUACACAUUUGAUCUGUGUUAUUUUCACUGUUCAUUUUAGGUAGUGGUUACUCUCCAAGCUUCCGUUUUACUACGAGUUGGCCAGAGGGAACUGGGAACCAUACUGCUGAAUUGAACAGAGGAGGUAUUUCUGUUAUCAAGGAUCAGCCACAUCAAUAUCAGAAUGGAUUCCCCUUCAUUCACCCAUUUGGAAAGACUUCAAGCAUCAUAUAGCGUCAGUGUUUCAUUAUUUAGCCGUUAGACUGUGACUACUGUGAAAUAUUUACUCUUAAAGGGGAUAGGUUGAAGCAGUCUUAUCAUGUCGUUGCUUUAUUAGGAAUUAUCUUAAAAUUGUACUUUUGUUUAAUAUAUGGCCUAGCAACAUAUCAAGUCUGAGGGGAAUUUGAGGAAACUAGUGCACUACUUGAAGUGGAUUGAUUUAGCCUAGUGUGGGGUAAACGUAACUUAAAGAUUUUGCUCAGUGAUGCUACGUAAUGUAUUUGAAAGAUUACUUGGCUUUGUUGCUUUAAACCUGCAAUACUUGAAUCUGAUUUAUGAUUAUAUUUGACAUAUUUACUCAGAAAAUCCAACAGCUUAAUAUAUACUAUGGGUGUCAAAGCAAUGGGAGUGUAUGUAUGCACCUAUAGCCUGAUGCCAGUGAGAGUCUUACAGCCCUGCCUUUAGAACUGCCAUUCCAAUGACUACUAUCCCUUCUGUUGUUAUGGUUACUGAAGUGAAUCUCAAAAGUAUUUCCUUGAUUCCCUGCAUCCUUGAUUCAUUGACUCUUUCACAAAAUGCAUUGGAGGAGAAGGUCUGAUAGGAGGUAGUUGGAUCUUCUCUUCCAAUGUGUUUUUAAAAGUUAAUAAACAGAAAAAGAGGCUAUUCAUCAUGGAAUUCAUGAGAAUCCAGGAAAUGCGUUUUGAGACAUAUCCCAGGUCAUAUCUCAUAUCUUAGUGUUGCACCCUCUCUAAAGUAUUAUGUUACAACAGUACGUUCGUCCCAAUAAUCUCUCCUUUCUCCUGAGGUGUGCACCUGUUCAUGGAUUUGAAUGGAAAUGGAAAUGCACUAUUCUACAAAUCAAUAUUGGGGGGAAAAACAGACUGUUAUGCUAAUGUAAUGCAAAACCUAUAUGCAAAGGAAAAAUGCAGCAAAAAUAUGAAUUGAUGUAAUUGUAAUCUAGCUGAAUAUAUUGAUUAAAGUAAUCUUGUCCUAGAGAGAUUCACAGAACUUCACACCAGGGUAAGCCUACACAAAACACAGUUUUUAUUUUGUUUCUAAAAUCCUCUAUGGGAAAAAUAAAAGGUGUAAAAAAUUA